AUGGUCAGAGUUAUUGACCCAUCUGAGAAUGAACUUAUGGUCAGAGUUAUUGACCCAUCUGAGAAUGAACUUAUGGUCAGAGUUACUGACCUAUCUGAGGAUGAACUUAUGGUCAGAGUUACUGACCCAUCUGAGGAUGAACUUAUGGUCAGAGUUAUUGACCCAUCUGAGGGUGAACUUAUGGUCGGAGUUGUUGACCCAUCUGAGGAUGAACUUAUGGUCAGAGUUACUGACCUAUCUGAGGAUGAACUUAUGGUCAGAGUUAUUGACCCAUCUGAGGAUGAACUUAUGGUCAGAGUUAUUGACCCAUCUGAGGGUGAACUUAUGGUCGGAGUUGUUGACCCAUCUGAGGAUGAACUUAUGGUCAGAGUUAUUAACCCAUCUGAGGAUGAACUUAUGGUCAGAGUUAUUGACCCAUCUGAGGAUGAACUUAUGGUCAGAGUUACUGACCUAUCUGAGGAUGAACUUAUGGUCAGAGUUAUUGACCCAUCUGAGGAUGAACUUAUGGUCAGAGUUAUUGACCCAUCUGAGGAUGAACUUAUGGUCAGAGUUAUUGACCCAUCUGAGAAUGAACUUAUGUUCACGUCUAACGAGAAUACACGUGAACGUAACAAUAAUAAGUAA